GCUGACCCUCCCACCCCUCCCUCUGCCAGCCCAGGCAGGACGCUGCUGCUCAGGGAGCUCUCUGCUCACCUUCAGGGGGACAUCCAUCCACCAGCCGUCCAGCUGCUGAGAGGGGAAGUGUGGAGCUUGAUGCUGCUGAUCCCAGUGCAGGCUGCACAGGACCAGGAUGUUCGAGCAGGAUGCAGCACAGCAGUAAACGACCUGGUCUAUGUCGUGGACGGUUCAUGGAGCGUUGGCCUGGCUGACUUUGAUAAAGCCAAGCAAUGGCUCAUCAACAUCACCAGCGGGUUCGACAUCAGUGUCCUCUAUACACAGGUGGCUGUGGUCCAGUACAGUGACACACCUCGACUGGAGAUAUCUCUGGGGGAGCAUCAUGGAGCAACAGAGCUCAUCGAAGCAAUAAAGGGCAUCACCUACAUAGGAGGAAACACACAGACUGGCAGGGCUAUCAAGUUUGCUGUGGACCACGUGUUCUCUGUCUCCAAACGGGCCAGCCAGGUCAAGAACCGCAUAGCUGUUGUGGUGACUGAUGGCAAAUCUCAGGAUGAUGUGGUGGAGGUGAGCAUGGAGGCCCGUGCUCAGGGUAUCACAGUGUUUGCUGUGGGUGUUGGCAGUGAGAUCACCACAUCGGAGCUGGUGUCCAUCGCAAAUGAGCCAUCGGCGACAUAUGUCCUGUAUGCUGAAGAUUAUACCAACAUUUACCGCCUGAGAGAUGCCAUGGAGCAGAAGCUGUGUGAAGAGUCCGUUUGCCCCACACGGAUCCCGGUGGCCUCUCGAGAUGAGAAAGGCUUUGAGCUGAUGGCAGGCCUGAAAGUUCAGACCAAAGCCUCGAAGAUCACCGGCUCUCUGGUUUCUGAAACAGCCUAUGCUCUCACUACCUCCACAGACAUUACCGAGAAAACAAGAGACAUAUUUCCAGAAGGUCUGCCUCCAUCCUACGUAUUUGUGGCCACUCUGCGCUUGAAGGGGGCCGCUGCCAGGGCGGCUUUUGAUCUGUGGAGGGUGCUGUCGAAGGAAAAGGAGAUCCAGGUUGCUGUGACGCUGAGUGGAAGAGACAAAACCGUCACUUUCACCACCACCAGGAUGUCAGAAGAGCACCAGCGAAUCACCUUCAAGCUUGGUUUCCAGGCCCUUUAUGACGGGAGAUGGCAUCAGCUGAAACUGCUGGUGAGGCAACGACAGAUCUUCAGUUUCCUCGAUGAUGAACUGAUCCAGAAAGCCAAAUUGGAGCCCAUGGAACCCAUUUACAUCAAUGGAAAGACGCAGGUCGCCAAGAGGCCAGGAACAGAUAUCACAGUGCCGGUGGAGCUUCAGAAGCUGCGUCUGUACUGUGACCCCCAUCAGAGUGACAAAGAAACAGCCUGUGAAAUCUACACUGUGUGUCCCCAAAACCGAACAGCACCAGAAGAAGAAGACAGUGUUGUUGGCUCCGUAAGAAACCUGGAUUCUCAGGGGGAGAAGGGAAGUCAAGGCCCUCCAGGAGCUGAUGGUAAGCCUGGAACCCCUGGUGAGAAAGGGGAGCCAGGACUUCCAGGCGAAACCGGACCAAUGGGGGAACCAGGACCACCAGGCCCCAGCGGGCUGGGUGGGCCACCAGGACCAAAGGGAGAACAAGGGGAUACUGGUCCAACUGGUGCUGCUGGAGCUGGAGGUGCCCCGGGUUCCCGGGGACCUCCUGGUGAAGUGGGACCUCCAGGACCUCUGGGUCUGCAAGGGUUGCCUGGACCUCAGGGUGCACCUGGGAUAAAAGGAGCAUUGGGAGUCCAGGGCCCCCGGGGUCCGCCUGGAGAAGUUGGUCCAGUCGGUCCCAAGGGGAAGAGCGGGGAUCCAGGAACCGCAGGUCCUCUUGGCCCAGCAGGACAGAAGGGCUUGGUGGGGGACCCCGGCUUUCCAGGGCUACCGGGCGCCACGGGCCUGCCCGGCUACAAAGGUCACAAGGGGGAGAGGGGGGAGACCGGGUCCAAAGGAAAC